GUACCUUUUGGACGUGUUCCGGUGCUCGAAGAAGAAGGCACUGGUCGAAUGCUGGUUGAAUCGACUGCAAUCGCUUUGUAUUUAGCGAAGAAAUUCGGUCUGAACGGACAAGAUGACUGGGAAGCGGCCAAGAUUCACGAGCUUUUUGGUGCAACAACGGAUUUUCUAAGCCAUGCAGUUCCAUUUUACAACGAGACAAAUGAAGCUGAAAAACAAAAAAUGAUGGCUGUAUUUGAGAAAGAUCAUCUAGAACCAUUUUUCACACAAAUUAAUAAGGUCCUUCAGCAAAAUGAUACAGGAUUCUUUGUCGGAGAACAGUUGUCGGUUGCUGACUUGAAUAUGUUGUGCAUGAUUGGACUGUUCAGUUCGUUAUUUCCGAAGAUGGCUAAUAACUAUCCACAACUAAUCGCAUUUAAAGAUCGCAUGAUGAACCAACCGAAUAUCAAGAAAUGGAUCGAAACACGACCAAAAACGGAUUUAUAA